AUACAUUUCAAGAAUAAAAGCAUUUAUGUAACAUGUUGUUUUCUUUAAAGGUUAGUAUUUUUUAGCUCCACAAUGUUUGGGAACCUAUUUGAAGAGGAUUAUUCCAGUGUGUCAAAUAGUCAGUUUGGAAAAGGGAAGAAAUUAAAGACUAAAGGUUUGGAGCCACCUGCCCCUAGAGAAUUCACCAAUUUAAGUGGAAUCAGAAAUCAGGGUGGAACCUGUUACCUCAAUUCCCUUCUUCAGACUCUUCAUUUCACACCUGAAUUCAGAGAAGCUUUAUUUUCUCUUGGUCCAGAAGAGCUUGGUUCUUUAGAGGAUAAGGAUAAGCCUGAUGCAAAGGUUCGGAUCAUACCUUUGCAGUUGCAGCGCUUGUUUGCUCAGCUUCUGCUCUUAGACCAGGAGGCCGCAUCCACCGUAGACCUCACUGAGAGCUUUGGGUGGAGCAGCGAUGAGGAAAUGAGACAACAUGAUGUGCAGGAACUGAACCGAAUUCUCUUCAGUGCUUUGGAAACUUCAUUAUUUGGAACCUCUGGCCAUGACCUCAUUAAUCGUCUAUACCAUGGCACCAUUGUGAACCAGAUUGUUUGCAAAGAGUGUAAGAACAUCAGUGAGAGGCAGGAAGACUUUUUGGAUCUAACAGUAGCAGUCAAAAACAUAUCAGGUUUAGAAGAUGCACUCUGGAACAUGUAUGUGGAAGAGGAAGUUUUCGACUAUGACAACUUGUACCACUGUGGAACCUGUGAUCGGCUGGUUAAAGCAGCAAAGUCUGCCAAGUUGCGCAAGCUGCCUCCUUUUCUUACUAUUUCACUACUAAGAUUUAAUUUUGAUUUUGUGAAAUGUGAACGCUACAAGGAGACUAGCUGUUAUACGUUCCCCCUCCGGAUCAAUCUCAAGCCUUUUUGUGAACAGAGUGAACUGGAUGACAUGGAAUAUAUGUAUGACCUCUUUUCCGUCAUUAUCCACAAAGGUGGCUGCUAUGGAGGUCAUUACCAUGUGUAUAUUAAAGAUGUCGAUCAUCUAGGAAACUGGCAAUGUCAGGAGGAGAUAAGUGAUACAGAUGUGAAUUUGGAAGCUCUUCCAAAUGAAGAAGAGGCUGAUGAUCCAUUGAUGAUUCUACAGACGAUCUUAUUGCAGGAGGAGGCCAAUCAAAUUCCUGUUGAUCAGCUGGGCCAGAAACUCUUGAAAAACACAGGACUAUCUUGGAACAAGAAGUACAGAAAGCAGCAUGGACCACUGCGAAAGUUCUUACAGCUCCAUCCUCAUGUGUUUCUGCUCAGCACGGAUGAAAGUACAGUCAGUCUCCUGAGGAACCGUUUAACCCCAGCCCCGUCUGAUCUCCUCAGGAACCGUGAACAGAUUCUACAUCCACUUGCUUCAGAACCCCCAGGCUUAAAUGAUAACACCAGUUAUCCCCACUGGUUUGAUAUCAAUGAUUCCAAAGUCCAGCCAAUCAAGGAGAAAGAUAUUGUACAGCAGUUCCAGGGUAAAGAAAGUGCCUAUAUGUUGUUUUAUCGGAAAGCUAAGUUGCAGAGACCUCCUGAAGCUCGAGCCAAUCCAAGAUACAGGGUUCCAUGUCAUUUGUUGAAGGAAAUGGAUGCAGCCAACAUUCAACUGCAAAUGCAAAGGGCAGAGUGUGGCUCUGAAGACAGUAACUUUGAAUUGCAUCUCCACCUGGGUCCUCACUACCGUUUCUUCAAUGGGGCUCUUCACCCUGCAGUCUCUCAGACAGAUAGCGUGUGGGAUUUAACCUUUGAUAAAAGAAAAACUUUAGGAGAUCUUCGUCAGUCAAUAUUUCAGCUAUUGGAGUUUUGGGAAGGAGAUAUGGUUCUCAGUGUGGCAAGGCGUGUGCCAGCAGGACUUCACGUGUACCAUACCCUCGACGGAGAUGAACUGACACUGUGUGAAGCUGAAAUUGCUAAUGAGGAAGACAUCUUUGUAUGGAAUGGGAUAGAGGUUGGUGGAGUCCAGAUUCAGACUGGUUCUGAUUGUGAGCCUGUGCUGAUACACAUUCUUCAUCUAGAGAUGAGUGGUGAAGGCUCAAAGUGUGAGCAGUUGGUGGAGUCGCCACAUGUCUUUCCAGCUAAUGCAGAAGUGGGCACUGUGUUCACAGCCUUGGCCAUCCCCGUAGGCGUUAUCCUCAUGAGCAGUGUGGAGUCUGCAGGUGAAGAGUGCUGGACCGCUGUUCCCCAGGAGGACAUGAAGAAGACAUUCAGAGAACAAGGUCUCAGAAAUGGAAGCUUAAUUUUGGUUCAAGAUUCAGUCAGUAAUGAUAACAGUCUGUUGCCCAAACAAGGGAGCUGGACCAACAUUGUGAAUGAACUCAACUGGCUGCAAGUGAAAAAUUUCUGCCAGUUAGAAUCUGAGGAGAAGCAGGUUCAGAUAGCUGUGACUGUGCACACAGUGGUGUUUGAUAUUCGAAUUAAAGCCAUAAAGGAAUUAAAAUUAAUGAAGGAACUAGCUGAGAACAGCUGUUUGAGACCCAUUGAUAGAAACGGGAAGCUCCUUUGUCCAGUACCAGACACUAGCACUUUGGAGGAAGCAGGAGUGAAGAUGGGGAGUUCCUUGGGACUGUGUCUGGGGAAAGCACCGACUUCCUCUCAGCUGUUCCUGUUUUUUGCUCUGGGGACUGACAUACAUCCUGGGGCAGAGAUGGAAGUCAUAGUAGAAGAAACACUCUCAGUGAGAGAUUGUUUGAAGAUGAUGCUGCAGAAAUCAGGUCAGCAAGGAGAGAUGUGGCAUUUACGGAAAAUGGAUUGGUGCUAUGAAGCUGGCGAGCCUUUGUGGGAAGAAGGCGCAACCCUGAAAGAGCUUAUGAUAUGUUCUGGGGAUACUUUGCUUUUAACCGAAGGAAGACUUCCUCCUCUGGGCUUCCUGAAGGUGCCCAUCUGGUGGUACCAGCCUGCAAGGCUGUCAGGGCACUGUGAGAGUCGGGACCACUCUAACCAUCCCUCUUCUCAACAUAGCAGCUGCGGAGCUGCUCCCACCCAAGGUGCUCCUGGCCCUGAGCCUGCAGAAGUUUCUCUCAUCUACUUGGGAGAUGUGGAGAUCUCAGAAGAGGCCACAUUGGUGGAACUGAAGUCACAGGCCAUGGCCUUGCCUUCUGUUUCGAAGCUUGCUGUCCGGUCUACAGCCCUGCUUAGAGUCUGGACAGUGGAGAGCAAGCGUCCCAAUAGGCUCUUACGCACUGACUGGAGGCAGCUCAAGGAGUACAGACUGGGCCGGAGGACAGAGCUCUGCCUAGAGCUCCUUCAAAAAGAAGAGGACUUGGGCCCCCAGGAUGUGCUGCUGAGGACACAGCUACGCAUCCCUGGCGAGAGGGCCUACACCCUGGCAAUGGACCUGGCAUGGGACACCACCAGAGGAUGGACUGCUGGCUCCUUGAGGCAGAGAGUGGCUGAUUUCUAUUCUCUUCCUGUGGAAAAAAUUGAAAUUGCCAAAUAUUUUCCUGAAAAGUUUGAGUGGCUUCCAAUAUCGAGCUGGAAUCAGCAAGUUGCCAAAAGGAAAAAGAAGAAAAACCAAGAUACUUUGCAAGGAGGACCAUAUUACUUGAAAGAUGGAGACACUAUUGGCAUUAAGAAUCUCCUGAUUGAUGAUGAUGAUGAUUUCAGCACAAUCAGAGAUGACAUUGGAAAGGAAAACCAGAAGCAGCUGGCUCUGGGAAAAAAGAAAAGCCGAGAAGCCCUACGUGCACAAAGCAGUGAUGUGUUCUCCAAUGCAGAGAUAUCCACUCGGCCCCGAGGACCAGAAGCUUCUCUGUCCAUCCGUGUUGCGAGCUUCAGAUAGCCCCUGCAGCAGUAUGUACUGUGCACCACAUAGAGCCGUUCUGCCAGUUCCGUGACAGCCACCUUGCAGGUUUAUGGUGAACAAGCUGGUUGUGUCCCUAGCCAGUGAUUUCAAGUCUUAAGCUUUGUGACAGGCAAAGGGAUUACACUUCUCAGGCCAAACAAGUGCACUUGACCAUCAGCUCUGUGACACAGCAGCCACAGAGGCUGGCCCAGACCUAGACACUGUGCCAACCACAACAGACCUUCCACGCCUGGCCCCAGUGGUCUCUUUCCACUGUACUCCUGGACAAUGACAAGUUGUUCAAAGUGAAUAAACCUAAUAGGUAAGACCUCACCUACAGCUGGCAAGAGGCAGGGCCAUCCCAGAAGCCUGCCAAAACAAACCCAGGCGCCCAGUUGUCCUGGACAAACUGGGGCCUUUUCCUUCUCAGUCAGCAUGGAGAACUAGCUGAUUUAAGAGAGUUUGUAUAUGCACUGUAACCAAUACGCUAUCACAACAGCAUCUAUUACUGAGCUGUCAGGUUUGGGACCCUGGGCUGACAUAGGUCUAUGACAGCACUAGGAGUUGUUGUCAGGGUUUCAGUUUCCCAUCAGUUCUUACAUGUCUUCAUGUAACCAAACUGAGGUGACACUAGAAAGGGAAAAAGUACCUCUGGCCUGGGCUUCAGCUGGCCCUGCAGGCUAAAUGCUUCUCACAUUCUGGUGUAGCUAUGAUGGCUUCUCUGUGGGGCUGACACUCAACAGGUAAUCCUGUUCUCCCUUUGUCUUCCCAAACCAUUUGCCAGAGUCAGUGUCAUGUUAGGUGACCUAUUCUCUCGAAACAUUUUUAUCAUAAGACGUUGGACUAGUGACCUUUAGGCCACAUCCUUGUAACUAUACACCAAGGGGUUCUGGGAGACCCAAACAGGAAGCAUUACUUGACCACAACUCAGUCCCCUGGGUACUGGCUACUGUUUCUUCUACUGUAACUGACACAGUUCCUUAGAUUGUCCGUUCACCCCAGCUUCUGACAAUACAGUGUUGAUGUACUAGUUCAGACAUUCUGCUUUGAGGGAGCCAGAUCCCUGACCCCUUACAUACCUGGAGGAGCCAAAAGACAUGCCUCAAGUGCUGGCUGCAGCCCAAGCCUAUUGACAGGCUUUUGUAUUUGUUUUGUUUUGUUUUUAAUUGGGGGAUAAAU